AUGGUUUCGGCGCCGGGUCCGGGUCCGAGAUCGGCCCCACUAACUACCGGCUCUUCCUACGGAGACGGUUUGAGAAUUCCCGAGGAAUGUCACUACCCAAUCAACACUACUGCUCCGCAGAAUGCCUCAGGAUACUACUCGAAUUACCGCCCGGCCCAGUACCAGCCUUUUCAGGAAGACGAGCGGCUGGACGAUGAGGAGGGUGUACUUGAUUCGGUAAUCAAGUUUACCAAGGUUUUGGGGGAGAAGCUUAGCGAGGCGGAAAGCGAGGUGUGGAGGAGGAUUAAUGGAGAUAACUAA